GAGCGCAGUGUCCCGGAGAGGGAGGGCAGGCCGGCCAGGUGGGCGCGAACGGAGCCUCGGCGGGCGGGCAGCCGGAGCGGAGCGGGGCGGUGGGCCGCGCCGGGUGGGCGGGCAGGGGCCGCGGCAGCUGCAGCCCCGAGCCAAGCCGAGCUGUCCGAGCGGGAGCUGCCCGGCCCGCGCUGCUGCUCGUGGCGGGGCGAGGAAAGGCAGCAGCAUGGCCAGCGUCCUGUCCCGGCGCCUUGGGAAGCGGUCCCUCCUGGGAGCCCGGGUGUUGGGGCCCCCCGGGGCUGCCCCACCCUCAGAGCCUCAGACUGAGCUGCUGGAAGGGGCGGCUCCCCAGCACUUCCUCGCCUCCAAGGACACUUCCUGUCAGGAGCAGCCCAAGGAAAUCCUCAAGCCUCCUGGCACCUCAGGCCUCCAGCAAGUGGCCUUUCAGCCUGGGCAGAAGGUUUAUGUGUGGUAUGGGGGUCAGGAGAGCACAGGACUGGUGGAGCAGCAUAGUUGGGCGGAGGAUAAGGUGACUGUCUGGCUUUUGGAUCAGAAGUUACAAAUCUGCUGUAAAGCGGAGGAGGUGUGGCUGGCUGAGCUGCAGGGCCCUGUGCCCCAGGCACCUCCUCCUGAGCAGGGAACCCAGGCACCAGCCUACAGGCCUGUCUCCAGGAACAUCGAUGUCCCAAAGAGGAAGUCCGACGCAGUGGAAAUGGAUGAGAUGAUGGCGGCCAUGGUGCUGACGUCCCUGUCCUGCAGCCCCGUCGUGCAGAGCCCUCCUGGGGCCGAGGCCAACUUCUCUGCUUCACGAGCAGCCUGUGACCCGUGGAAGGAGAGCGGGGAUGUGUCCGACAGCGGCAGCAGCACCACUAGCGGGCACUGGAGCGCCGGCAGUGGCCUCUCCACUCCCUCGCCCCCCCAUCCUCAGGCCAGCCCCAAGUAUUUGGGGGAUGCCUUCGGUUCUCCCCAGACUGAUAACGGAUUUGAGACCGACCCGGAUGCUUUCCUGUUGGAUGAACCAGCUCCACGCAAAAGAAAGAACUCCGUGAAGGUGAUGUACAAGUGCCUGUGGCCAAACUGUGGCAAAGUUCUGCGCUCAAUUGUGGGCAUCAAACGACACGUCAAAGCCCUCCACCUGGGGGACACUGUGGACUCGGACCAGUUCAAGCGGGAGGAAGAUUUCUACUACACAGAGGUGCAGAUGAAGGAGGAAGCUGCUGCUGCCGGCGUGCCUACAGCUGACCCAGCUCCCGCCCCCGGCAUGACCAGCCCGCCCCUUGCUCUCCUUCCGCCUCCUCCUCCCAAAACCCAGUCCUCCGGCCCAGAACACCCUGGCCUGGAGUCUUACCUGCCUUCGGGUGCAGCUCUCAGCAAGUCAGCUCCUGGCUCCUUCUGGCACAUUCAGGCCGACCAUGCGUACCAGGCCCUGCCGUCCUUCCAGAUCCCCGUGUCGCCACACAUCUACACCAGUAUUAGCUGGGCUGCUGCCCCCUCCACGGCCUCCUCCCUCUCCCCGGUCCGGAGCCGCUCGUUAAGCUUCAGCGAGCCCCAGCAGCCACCGCCCGCAGGGAAAUCUCACCUGAUGGUUACUUCCCCGCCUCGGGCCCAGAGCGGUGCCAGGAAAGCCCGCGGGGAGGCUAAGAAGUGCCGGAAGGUGUACGGCAUCGAGCACCGGGACCAGUGGUGCACGGCCUGCCGCUGGAAGAAGGCCUGUCAGCGCUUCCUGGACUGAAUCUGUCCCGCCGGCCCGUCCUCUUCGCGCCCCGCCCUGCAGCCAGAUGACAAGACAGCCGUGGCACAAGCCCUCCGCAGAAACCUAAAAGAUAAAGAGUGGACAUUGGCAGUUUGGGCUCUGUUGUCUAACGUUCAAUAGUUAAAGCAUUUCCCCUUCCCUUUUGGGGAACAUUUUAGUUCUUAAAAGAAGAAAGGAAAAUACUCCCCCCCCCCCCCGAAAAAUAGGAGAGAGCCAAAACUGACCAAGGGUAUUCUGCAGUGAACCAGAGACCAAAGAAUUAACUACCCUCCCUUUCCCACGUCUCUUUCUAGGGGAUUAGUUUGCAUGUAUCAAAAGACGGAACAGCUCGUUCUGUUUCCUGCUGAGUUGGUGAAUUCUUUGCUUUCUCAACUCUUCCAGAAGGGACUGUGAGCAAGAUGAAUUUACUUAAAAAAAAAAAAAAAAGUUUCUGGCUGAUGAGUCCGAGAGCAGGACCUGCCUUGGGUAGGGUGGGAAGAGUGGGGGGGAUCUGUGCACUUUUUAAGGUGCAGCCGGCCCCUCUUCUCCACCCGAAUCUAGGAGAAGGGAGAGCCUGUUCUCACCGUGCAGCUUCUGUGGAAGUAAAAGGAAAGCCCUUUCUUGAUGACAACGAUUUGUACCUGGGGUCCCUCAGCUGUUGGGUUGCAUCCCAACAAAUAUUGUAUGGCUUCUUCUCAAAGCCCAGACUAGUAGGUUUUUAAAGACUGUCCCCAAAUAGCUGAGCCAAAAGGCUAUAUGAAUUCACUUUUUGAAAAUGUGGCAGUUAAACACUACCUUGACCAUUUCCCCCUCUUUCUUUGAGGAAAAGCUGGAGGGUUUCAGUCUCUGUGGAAGCCCUCUGCUGUUACCUGAGUAAAUAAACUCCCUCUUGAUGUUCCUCCCUCCAGUUACGGACAUGACACCUCUAAAACACUUUGUGUUCUUUCCCCGUGUAUUCAGAGAAGCCUUUUAUGGAAGUUCCCUUCCACUUGGGUGAGAGCCCCCCUCGGGUGCGCCCUGCGCAGGCCCCUCUGUCUCUAGUUUUACCAGUCCCUUUCCCUCCUGAGGCUGCAGUUAGGGCUGGUGCGGGGGAAGGGGGGGAGAGAGAGGCAAGAAGAGAUAGAAAGGU